GCCAAAAUCAACUGGAUUGGCCAACAACCAUUACCUUUUAUCCAGAACAAAGAAAUUGCUGGUUCUGAAACAAGCACAAAAACUAACGGCCAAUGGCUGCUCUUGCUGCUACCUCAUCCUCCUCUCUCCUCUUCUUCUCUCCACCUUCCAAGCUUCCUUCAACUUCUGUCUGUCCUCUUCCACGCUUGUGUCUUUCCACUUCUUCUUCUUCUUCUUCUUCUUCUUCUUCCCUUUCUAUUACUCCUUCCUUCCUUGCCUAUCCCACAAGCUCUAGAAGAUACUCUGCCUCUUCCUUCACUGUCAGGGCCAGUGCUGCAGAGACAAAGAAGGUCCUUAUAGUUAAUACAAAUAGUGGCGCACAUGCUGUUAUUGGUUUCUACUUUGCAAAAGAGCUCAUGGGUUCUGGGCAUGAGGUCACCAUCUUGACCGUUGGAGAAGAGGGCUCAGAUAAAAUGAAGAAGCCCCCAUUCAACGGAUUCUCUGAAAUUGUAAGUGCUGGAGGGAAGACAGUCUGGGGAGACCCCGCAGAUGUUGGGAAGAUUGUUGCAGGGGCAACAUUUGAUGUGGUUUUAGAUAACAACGGAAAGGACCUGGACACCGUGAGGCCUGUGGCAGAUUGGGCAAAGAGCACUGGAGUGAAGCAAUUCUUGUACAUAAGCAGUGCUGGUAUUUAUAAGCCAACAGACGAGCCUCCUCAUGUUGAAGGGGAUGUUGUUAAAGCAGAUGCUGGCCAUGUUGGAGUCGAGAAAUACAUUGCCGAAAUUUUCAGUAGUUGGACAAUAUUCCGGCCACAAUACAUGAUUGGAUCUGGAAACAACAAAGACUGUGAGGAGUGGUUCUUCGAUAGAAUUGUUCGAAAGAGGCCAGUGCCGAUCCCCGGUUCAGGGAUGCAACUUACAAACAUCGCCCAUUGCAGGGACUUGUCCUCUAUGCUUACUCUAGCUGUUGAGAAACCAGAAGCAGCAUCAUGUAAUAUCUUCAAUUGUGUGAGCGACCGUGCUGUGACUCUGGAUGGAAUGGCAAGAUUAUGUGCUGAAGCCGCUGGCUUACCAGUUGAAAUUGUUCAUUAUGAUCCAAAAGCUGUUGGAAUUGAUGCAAAGAAAGCUUUUCCAUUCCGUAAUAUGCACUUUUAUGCCGAACCAAGAGCUGCAAAGGACAUAUUAGGGUGGAAUGGCACCACAAACCUUCCAGAAGACUUGAAGGAGAGAUUCGACGAGUAUGUAAAGAUCGGGCGAGACAAGAAACCUAUGCAAUUCGAGAUAGAUGAUAAGAUACUAGAGUCCCUUAAAGUUCCAGUACCUGUUUGAUCGACCAUAAUCAAGUGGUACUUUAAACUCAAACCAGUCUAUUGUACAAGACUGUACGAGUGCAUUUUUUGUCUCUGUCCUCUGCAUGUCAUCUCUAUGUUAUAGAUCAUAAUUCAUAGCUAUGUAGCAUUGCAUAUACUGGUGUGGUAGCUAAGGUAAACUUCGUUGCAAGAUGCCUGUCAGAACUCAACUGAAACGGGGUUAUAUGUAUAAAGAAAUCAGAAGAACAAUAUGUAAGACUCGUGGUAAUUUAUAAUCAAAGCAAUGACCAGAGCAGAAAUGAAUGCAAACAACAUAGGACAGCAACUGGGUCAUCCCAAAGAAUUGUGGUGGAUGUGCUUGUACGUCAAGAUAGGAUCCAACUUAUAAAGCAGUCAAAGAGCCAAGUUCCACAACAGAAAAAG